UUUGUCUAUAAGUUGACUCCAACGAUUUUAAUUUAAUUUUUAAUUUGCAGAAUGCUAUUGCUUUGGAACAGUAUAUUCUUAUUGACUUUCUUGUCAACUCUUAGCAUAGCUACAGAAUCCAACCAAGGAAGACAUGGCGGUCACACUCAUCAUAUUCCAGAUAAAGACGGACCGAAAAACGUUCUAAGAGAUAACAAGUACUUAAGGGAUUAUGAACACAUCAAAGAAGAUCUUCAAGAGUUUUACAAUAAAGAUUUCGCUGGAGAAUUAGACGAGCUUGAAAUGGAAAUCUAUUAUUUUCAGCUCCAUGAUUUAAACGGAGAUAAAAAAUUAGAUGGUUUGGAGUUGCUUGCAGCCAUGAAUCAUAUAAUGGACAGAACACAGGCUGCACACGAAUCGUUUUCUAAAGAAGACCUUGAGAAACAUCCCAACGUUCGACAAUCCCUCCAGACUUGGUGGAAUGAUAAGUUCGAAGAAGAUUCUAAAUAUAUUGACGAAAUUUUAAAAGAAGAAGACCAGGAUCAAGAUGGAUUUCUCACCUAUUUGGAAUUCGCCAUUGGCCGUCAAAAAGAAAGACAGAAAAUUGGAACUUAAUUUUUAAACAUUGCUAAAACAUUUAAUCAUCAAUCAAUCUCGAAAAUUUUUAGGAAUUUAAAACUGUCAUCAUAUGUUACCUUUGAGUCAUUGUUUGAAUAAACUAUAUCUUUCAUUAUAA